AUGGGUGCUCUUGACAAUGUGCGUGGUCGCGAUGAAGGCGGCCGCUUCACUAGCACCGUUGUCGACUCCGAGACCACCACAUAUGAGGAGAAGCACGCCCAGUCGGCAGAGUCUGGCGCUGAGCGCGCCGAUAGCAAGGAAACUGCUCCUCCGGCUUAUGAAACCAACACUAGCGAUGGGUUCGAGGAUUCAUUCGGCGUCAAUGGGAUCGAGGACGACGUGAAGGAAGCUGAGGGUAACCCCGAUCAUGUUACAAACCAGGCUGGUUUGGGUCAGCAGAAAGCUGAAGCUGCCGCCUUGGUCUGGAGCCGUCCGGUUGUCUUCGGUCUUUAUGCAUGGAUUUGGAUCUGUUUCUUCAUGCUGGCUCUGCACUCCGCCAUUAGCAGUACCCUCAUCAACUACGUCUACUCCAGCUUCCAGUCCGCCCCGCAGGUCUCCACUUCCUACAUCCUGUCUACAAUUAUUGGUGGUGUGCUUAAGUUGCCUCUGGCUAAGACCCUCCACCUUUGGGGCCGUGCCGAAGCCUUGGUGUUCUCGACUGCCAUUUAUAUCCUCGGAAUGGUAAUUCUGGCCGCCUGCAAUGGCCCCAAUGCCUUCGCAGCUGGCUAUGUUCUCUACUGGAUUGGCUACUAUUGCAUGUAUCUGAUUCUUGACAUCUUCGUGGCGGAUACCACUGGUCUCCGUUCGCGUGCCUUUGCCUUUGCCUUUGCAUCGACUCCUUUUAUUUGUACUGCAUUCACCGGUUCCUUGGCUGCCGAGCACAUCUACAAGAUGUCUGGCUGGCGCUGGGGCUACGGCAUGUUCUGCAUUAUCCAGCCUGCCAUUUUCUUGCCUCUGGCUGCCGUCUUCAAGUUCUAUGAGAGGAAGGCUAUCAGAUUGGGUGUCUGGCAGCCUCGCUCCAGCGGUCGCACCAAGGUGCAGUCAAUCAUCCACUACAUCCACGAGUUCGAUGUUGUUGGUGCAUUCCUGCUCAUGGCCGCUUGGGUGAUGUUCCUGUUGCCCUUUAGUCUGGCCCAAUAUGGCCGCUCUCAGUACUCUAGCGCCACUUUCAUUGCCCUGGUGGUAAUUGGAUUCUGCAUGCUCUUCGUCUUCGCUGCCUGGGAGAAGUGGUUCGCCCGUACCCACUUCAUCCGCUAUGAGCUGCUUCGCCGGCCUACCAUCCUCGGUGCUUGCAUCUGCGCGGCUACUCUCUACUUCAGCUUUUACCUGUGGGACCAAUACUUCUACAACUAUGUCCUGAUUACUUACAACUUGGACAUCACCAUGGCUGGAUACAUGAUCCAAAUCUACAACGUUGGCUCUUGCUUCUGGUCCCCGCUGCUUGGUCUCUUCAUCUGGGCUACUCGCCGCUUCAAGUAUGUCUGCUUGUUCUUCGGUGUCCCUCUGAUGCUCCUCGGCUCCGGCCUGAUGAUCUACUUCCGUGGCGGAGAUCAUGGUAUCGGCUACAUUGUCAUGUGCCAGAUCUUCAUCGCUUUCGCCGGAGGUACUCUUGUCAUUGGUGAGGAUAUGGCUGUCAUGGCUGGAGGUGGCCGUGAGGGUACACCGAUGAUGCUCGCUCUCAUCGGUCUUUUCUCAAGCAUCGGUGGUGCUAUCGGCUAUGCUGUCUCUGCUGCCAUCUACAACAACACCUUUGUGAGCGCACUCGCCAGCCAGCUGCCUGAUGAACUAAAAGGCAACGCUACUCAGAUCUACCAGGACGGCAUCACCACCCAGGACGCAUAUCCUGUUGGUUCUGUUCUCCGUGACGCCACCAUUCACGCUUGGGGCUACUCCCAACGUAUGAACUGCAUCGCCUCGACCUGUAUCCUGGUUCUUCUGAUUCCCGCCGUGGCUAUGUGGAAGAACUACGACGUCGGCAAGAAGCAGAACAAGGGCACUAUGCUCUUCCAGUAA